UGCUGCCCUUGCACGGCCGCCCGCCUCCUCGGCCGCCCGCCUGCCCCCUCGGGCCGUCAGCCCGCCUGCCUCCCUCUGCCCCGCCCGAGCCAGCCUGAUCGUUCUAGUUCAAGGGCACCGGGCCCGGUACCCGAGGCUCGGCUAGCUCGCAACUUUGCUCAUCUCUUAGCGUUCAGGCGGGAUAGAUUUUCUAUUUUUUUCCCCUUUUUGGGGGUGGUGUGUAGUUUUUUUUCCGUCCACAAAAGGCGCUCCCACGGAUUCGGAAUUGGAUUGGUGGACCCCCUCUUUUGGAGUGUUGCCCCCUGCGCUAAGCCCUAUUUUGACUCCCCACAAUCCCUUAACAUUCUCACGGUGCGAAAAGUUCAGGUUCGCGUCCGGCCUCGGGACCUCUUGGUAUAUGCCGGUGGGCGCUGCGGAAACGCUCUUCUAGGAAUGGUGGAUCACUUGCUCCCGGUGGGGGAGUCUUUCUCGACCACCAAGUUCCCCCUCGGCUACCUGGGGGACAUGCCGGCCGGCGGGCGGGCCUACCACAUGCUGCCUUCUCCCUUGUCUGAAGACGACAGCGACUCCUCCAGUUUCUGCUCGUGCUCCAGCCCCGACUCCCAAGUCCUGGGCUCCGGCUAUGGGGGUGCGCCCAGCGUGGAGGGCCAGGGCAGCAUCUUGGACUACCUGCUGUCCCAGGCGACCCUGGGGGGCAGCCCGGUGGCCUGGUGGGACUGGCGGCGCUGCCAGCCCAUGGUGAAAGAGGAACACUUCCGCUUCCCAGACCCAGAAGACAUGGGGCCGUUCCAGCCCACCUUGGAGGAGAUCGAGGAGUUCCUGGAGGAAAACAUGGAGCUGGAGCUCAAGGAAGGGCCCGAGGAGGGGACCAAGGACCUCCGGGUUUGCAGCCAGCUCUCUUCCGGGCCGCACAAAGACCACCUCCUGCCUGGGGGCAGCUUGAAAGAGAGCAAAACCCCUGCGUCGGGCAGCUCAGCAGAAGGCGCCCACGGUUCAAACAGCGCAGCGGCCGCAGAGGCUGGGAUCCCCGUCAUACUCCAGAUCCAGCCCAUGCAGAUCAAACAAGAGUCAAGUACGGGUCCCAGUUCCCCGGGCCAGAACCCGGACAACAUUAAAAUAGCCCAGCUCCUCGUCAACAUCCAGGGGCAGACCUUUGCGCUGGUGCCGCAGAUCGUCCAGUCUUCCAACUUGAACUUGCCCUCCAAGUUUGUGCGGAUAGCCCCCGUCCCCAUUGCAGCCAAGCCUAUCGGGCCAGGUGGCAUGGUCCCGGGCCCCGCAGGGAUCCUGGUAGGCCAGAAGUUUCCAAAGAACCCAGCGGCGGAACUCAUUAAAAUGCACAAAUGUACUUUCCCUGGCUGUACCAAGAUGUAUACCAAGAGCAGCCACCUCAAGGCCCAUCUGCGGAGGCACACGGGCGAGAAGCCUUUUGCGUGCACGUGGCCUGGGUGUGGUUGGAGAUUUUCCCGGUCCGACGAACUCUCUCGACACAGACGCUCCCAUUCGGGUGUGAAGCCCUAUCAGUGUCCUGUCUGCGAGAAGAAGUUUGCCCGGAGUGACCACUUGUCCAAGCAUAUCAAGGUGCAUCGUUUCCCCCGAAGCAACCGCUCGGUGCGCUCCGUGAACUGACCUGCCUCCCCCUGCCCUCUCCUCCCACCUCUUGGGCCGAGAACAGCUGACUCCAGCACUUUGUUCAAUGUUUUUUAUAGCGAUAAUUUAUUUGUCUCCAUAACAGGGAACGCUGUUAUCUGACACCACCACACAUGAAUGUUUGUGUCCUCCAAAUGGAAUUUGAGAAUGAAGCUUUUCUGCGGUUAUUAUUUUUAUGCCUGAUCUUCUCCCCCCUCCCCCUUUCAUGUCUUUGCUGCCGCUUCUUCCCUCGGAAAUUACAGUGUUUUAUUUUAAGCUGUUUUCUUCGGCACAAGGAAAAUUUAUAGGCUCCUUGUAGCUAGUUAAUUACAGUUCUGGCAUUCCUGUGGGCUUUGCUCAUAAACAGGGCUAUUCAUUGUGAGUUUUUAUUAAGCUGGGCCUAUUUGUCCAGUUUGGAUAUAGCAAAUUCCUUUUGGAAAACGAAAACAAGUCCUUUGUGUCCCUAUGGCCACUGCCAAGGGCUCUGGUGGGGGGAGGAGGGAUGGAAGGAGGCUUUCAGAAACCCCCGUUUCUUCUGAUGGGCCUGUAACUCCUAGCGGAUCUGUCCUGAUUCAGGAAGCUUUAAAAAAAAAAAGUUGAGAUUUCAGCUGUUUCCCCCCAUCUGGAAAUGACAGAAUGUAUUUCCAAAGGAUGCAUCCCAUUGGAGCCAAGAAUUCAGGAAGGAAAUCAGUGAAAGUGGGUCAAAGGUCAUUUCUUUCACAUCUCCAGGAGGAUCAUAGGAUUGGGGGCUGGAAGGGACCCUAAAGCCCUUCUAGGCCACCCCCAUUUUACAGCUGAGGAUGUAGGCCAGCAAAGGUCACACCAUGAAUAAGUGUCUAAGACAGGAUUUGAACAGAGGACCUACUGAAGUCUAGCUCCCUGCCCCACAUUGCAGAGGCCAUCUAUCCUGUUUUCCCGGGAUGUUGUUUUUGAAGGAGCUAGUCUCCUAGCCUGGACUGCAGAUCAAUAGAGUACGCCGUGUUUGAGAUCCCUGGAGCAUGCCCAUAGGAGAAGGUGGUACGUAACUCAUGGGCCUGCCUCCAUCCCGAGGAAGACAUUCUCCAGGGCAGCCCCAGGUUGGAUAGAGUGGGAUCUGGCUUUCUUGAUGCUCUCUUGUCCUAGCAGCCCCCUGAGCCUCAGUGGGUAAGAAGAAAACUUAAAACAAAUAAAUGAAUACAUAAAACAAAACAAAUCAUCGUAGAUUCCUGUUGGUGGGUGCUUAUCGUGCAAGCCUGUGUGUGUGUGUGU